CAUUGUUUAUGGGUUUGAUGCAAAAUUUUGUCAAUUUUGGUGACUCAAAUUUUUAUUCGAAGUUUUCAGUUAAAAAUGCCGAUGUUCGACACCGUUCUUCAGGAGAAACCGGCAAUUGUGCUGGAAAUUGGACACGCAUUUACCAAAUUAGGGUUUGCAGGAGAGCCGCACCCACGUAGUAUUAUUCCAUCCGAGCUGCUGGACCAUAAGGCCAAAAGUACCGGGCGAACGGUUGCUAACAAGAAAUUGUUCGACUAUGGCAGUGCAACAGAACUGUACGAUCAGCUGGUCGAGUUUCUCAAAACUCUCUUUUUCAAAUAUGUCCUGGUUAGUCCCAAGGAACGGAAGGUGGUCAUCGUAGAAUCCGUUCUGUGUCCUACCAUCAUUAGGGAUAAUUUGGCCAAGGCACUCUUUUGCCACUUUGAUGUAUCCUCUAUAUUCUUCGUUCCAACUCACUUGGUCACGCUAGCUACUCUGGCCAUAAACACGGCUCUGGUGGUUGACGUUGGCUUCAAGGAAGCAGUCAUUGUUCCAGUUUACAGUGGCGUUCAAGCUAUAUUUGGUUGGCAGGCCCAACCCCUAGCUGCUGAAGCCGUGCACGAACACAUUAAAGGGGAACUCAUCCUGAACGGAGUUGAUGAACAACUCUUAACCGAUUACAUCGUCGAGGACAUAAAAGUGCGAACAUGUUUCGUCACUACCAAGGAACGCGCUGAAAAAUUUCGCAGUGAAGAGAAACCACAGCCAUGCCCGGACGUAGAAUACCCCGUGACUGGGCAUGAAAUCAUCAAGAUUCCAGGAACCAUUCGCGAAACAGCAUUUGAAGUUCUGUUUCCGCAGGACAACGAUAAUCUCAAUUUGGCAAACAUCAUUCUCGAUUCAAUUAUUAAGUGUCCACGGGAUAUGCGCAAAGCUUUGGCCGAAAACAUUGUCCUUAUCGGAGGCUCAACCAUGGUGCUCGGAUUGACAGCUCGGCUUCAGGCUGAAAUGCUGGCAUUACUGGCGUCGGACCAAUACAACGAAAAACUUUUCGUUAAGACAUUCAAAUUCCACAAAUCGCCAGCAAAGGCUAACUUCGUCGCCUGGAUGGGCGGAUCGAUUUAUGGGGCCACCGAUUUGGUGCUAUCGAAAUCGAUUACCCGGGAGGCGUACAGUAAAAAUCAGCAACUUCCCGACUUCACUAACUAUGACGAAAUGCGGAUGGCCGUGUGUAGAUGGUAGAUUUAUGCUUACCUAAAUAUUUAUUGUUUUUGCUUUAAGCGAUCUGUUGCUAGCUAUAAUAAAGCUUAUCU